UUUGUCACCUCUAACUUGACGUCAUCGAGCGGCGCCGUCGGCAGGAGGGAGCGGCUCCGAUCGAGCGACGCCCACAGACAGCAAGAGCAAGAGCGAGAGACGGGUGGAUGACGACAGACAGUCAGGAUGCGUGAAUACAAACUGGUUGUUUUGGGAUCAGGAGGCGUCGGGAAGUCGGCUCUGACCGUCCAGUUUGUUCAGGGGAUCUUUGUGGAGAAAUACGACCCGACGAUAGAGGACUCCUACAGGAAGCAAGUGGAGGUGGAUGGACAACAGUGCAUGCUGGAGAUCCUGGACACAGCUGGAACAGAACAGUUCACAGCGAUGAGAGACCUGUACAUGAAGAACGGCCAGGGCUUCGCUCUGGUGUACUCCAUCACAGCUCAGUCCACCUUCAACGACCUGCAGGACCUGAGGGAGCAGAUCCUCAGAGUGAAGGACACCGAGGACGUUCCCAUGAUCCUCGUUGGAAACAAGUGUGACUUGGAGGUGGAGCGAGUGGUGGCCAAAGAGUCGGGUGUCGGACUCGCCCGUCAGUGGAACUCCUGCGCCUUUCUGGAGACGUCAGCAAAGAGCAAGAUAAACGUCAACGAGAUCUUCUACGAUCUGGUCCGUCAGAUCAACAGGAAAACACCUGCUCCAGGAAAAGCUCGCCCAAAGCCCUCCUGUCAGCUUCUCUAAUGACAGAUUCAUCUUGACCAACAAACCAAUGACAGGACAUCUUCCAGCUGGCCACGCCCCUUUAACACGACCACAUCAUCAACAUCGGUUGCCUUUAAUCCUGAGUUACCAUGGCGACCUGUUUCCCAUCCCCCUCCUGUAGGCUGUUGCCUGGGAAACAUAAAAGCCACACCUCUGCAGCAGGAGGGGCGGUGAUGAUGGAGGUUCUGCAGUUGCAGGAAAACGGGGGCCUGUCCAAACAGAUUAAAACUUCAGCUCCCAUCAUGCUCUCUGCUGGGGGAGGGGCCUCCUGCUUUUCAGUUUAAACAUCUCUUUUUCUGUGUUUCUUUUCCUUGUUUUCUAGCAGCCUGAAGCCGGUCGCGUGCAGUCUGACCAUCAGCCAUGUUUGUGCUGCGGUUGCUAUGGUGAUGACCCAGCCAACAUGGCUGCCUGUGUACAGCUCUGGUUGACCUCGUGGAUCCUUAUUAUUAUUACAGUGCUUAUUAUUAGAAAUCUUUGUGAAAAGUCAUAAAAUCUGUUAGUAUUUUGAGGGCGGGGCUUGUGGACGCAGCAGGUCAUGACAGCAGCUCACUGUGUUGCUAGAAUCCACUCGAGUGAAAGCGUCGCGGCCAGUGGUCAGGUUGUAACCGGUUAGGACAAACGUCGCUGAUAUCAGAGCAAAGCAGUGCCAGAUAAACUCGGUUCAGCCGGACGCUUUUUAAACUGAUUUCUAGAAGUUCUUUAUGAUUUAACAUUAAAGCUAAAGGUUUUUAUUGGUCUUUUUAUUGUAUCUUUGACUGAUUUGAUUGAUUUUCCUACUAAUUGGGCUGUUUUUGGACUACGUCCUGAAGUGCAGGAGUAAAGUAGUAACUAUGACCCCCUGGUCAUGACGUGUGGCCAUAAACUCGGCUGUUCUUGGAUUUUAGUUUUGGUUUUGAGUCCCAAGUAAGAAGUUGUAGCUGCAGGCCCGCAGGUCCCGGAAGCUCAUGAAACAUGUGGAGGGAGCAGGAGAUGCUAACGAUGCCAUCAUGUCCAUUCAGGAAUUUGAUCUUUGUUCUUCAGCAAAAUUUUAUACAUCUAAAUUUACAACCGAAAUAAAACAGAUCCCUUAAGCGUCACUCAUAUAGUCAGAGGUAUAGUAAGUGAUCCUAAAGAACACUGGUUAUUUCCCACCUAGCUUCCGUGGCUAACGUUAGCACUGGGACCAACGGGAAGUUAGGAAUGCUCAUUUCUGAAGAACAGAAUGGAUUCGUGUUGCUGUAAAGUUUGCAUUGCUCUUUGGAACGUUUACGGAUGCUGACGGUCCGCUCCGGACCCGAACCACCGAGUCGAGCAGCACAGUGAGCUCCAUCCGGACCUGAUGCUUUGGGUCGUCUUGUUGCCUUUUGACAGCAAACUCACACUGGUCCAGUACCGGGCCAGGUUCUGAGUGAGUACCAGUGUUGCUUCUGCAUUAUUAGCCAUACUCACUUAUUUAGUUUUUAUUUUGAACUCAUCUGAGAGGAACGCAUCGGUCGGACCGCGGUUGCUUCCCUUGGUUCUGUCUCAGUAAUGUUUUUAUUCAGGGAUAAAACCACCUAAAGGCUUGGAUGCCACUACUCAGCUGUAACCUGAUUAAAAUGGAACGAUGGAAGCGUGAGGAGAGGAAUCGGAUUGGGCCCACUUACUGCAGGUACCGACCCCACCUGUAGAAUCUGCGUUAGAAGCCAAGUCCUCUCACCGUCGUGCUCCAGCUGAGGUCGAAGCCUGCAACGCAGCAGCUUGAAAUGUGAUGAGUAGCAGAGACGUUGGACCUGGAACCGCUGUGAAUGGUGUUGUACUAUCAGGAGUACAGCAGUACGUCGUAGUACUGCUGUCGGUACGUGGAGUCAUGUAGCAUGUUGGUGUUUCUGUCAGUACUCGGUCUGACCUCCAGGAGGUGCUGUGACCGUCUGCAUGCCCAGCAGAAGCUCCCAGAUCAGACGCCUGUUUGUAGCCAGGGUGAGGUGAGGUGGAAGUUUAAUCCAGGUGCGGCGUUAAUUUUCUUUAGUUUCUGUGAGUCAACACGCCACUGCACCCCCGCAGACCUGCUGACGUUUGCUUCAGAGAAUAUUUUUCGUUUUUGCCACAAGGGGGCAGCCACACACUCAAAUGACCUCUAACGUUUUACAAACACUUAGAAAAUGUUUCUAGUUUCUUUUUCCCAUUCCUCAUUUAAAACCAGAUAAAGCAUUUAGUUCCUCUGUGGAUUCUCACAGUGACACGUUCACGUGUUCAGCUGAACACAGGAAGGAGGGAAAACACAAGCAGCCAGCUUCAUUUAUCCUGUAACUCGAUAUUCCCGAAUGAAGGACCGACACGUCCUUGGCUUAUGACUGAUUCCUGCGUUUAAAUGCCCAUUUACCGGUUAGUGACUUCAUUACUAGUUGUCCGCGUUUAUUUACAGCUGAUGAAUGUUGAAAUGUUAUGUGGAGUGUUGGUGCGAGCCUUUUGACCGGAGCUAUGGCUGCAUCCAGACCGUUCUGGCCUUCACGCAGCAGGCUGCAGAAGCAUUCGUCCUUUCGUGUGACGUGUGUUGAUUAUUCGCAGCUUGGGCUGACGUAAGAUCCUGGAUGUUUGGCCGAUCUGGGAUCGGUUAGUUUUGAGGAACACCAAGGCCUUAACAGCAACGGUUGUACUAACAAUUAACAUUUUCAGACUUUGCAUUUAUAAACUCUUUGUAAAAAAAAUGGACUAAGACCUUGUAAUGUGGUUAUGAGCAGAUACGUUUAAUGCUUUCAAAGAUUGUUGUGCAAUAAUAAACUCUCGAUGUCCUUUUAUCUGCUUAAAACUACAGUAUAAUGUGGUUCACACCUUAUUUGCAUGUUUAGCGACUGAUUCCAUACAGCGAACACAUCCUGAACCAGACGCUGUAGCUGGUUCCAGGAACGGGUCCAUCUAAGUGAUGAUUGCAGCUGCAGCCAAAUGCAAACAGAAGGAAACCGUUUCUGCAUCACUGAAUAAAUCUGCUUCUGUGACUCUGUGUGGCAUGGUGACAGUGAAAUGUAAAAUAAAUCAGUUCAGCCAGC